CAGUCCAUAGUUCCUCAACACCCUUGUCUAGUCGGACAUCUAGUCGCUAUAGUCAUGUCUCAGAAGCCGUCCUACGUCGAGGAAUGCAUCAAAGAUUACAAGUAUAUCUUCCAGCCAGAGUUACUCAGAGGAAAAGUUGCCUUCAUCACUGGGGGAGGAACAGGGAUAUGCUUCACCAUUGCUGAGGUGUUCAUGAGACAUCAGUGUGAUACAGUGAUAUGUAGUCGUAAAAUGGACAAAUUGAGGGAAUCGGCAGAGACAUUGUCCAAAGCAACAGGUCGGAGGUGUGUCCCUGUACAGAUGGAUGUCAGAACACCUGAAUCCAUUAUGAAAGCUGCAGACACAGCAUUGUCAGAGUUUGGUAGAAUAGACUACCUAAUUAAUGGUGCUGCUGGUAAUUUUCUGUCACCUAUAACUGGUCUGUCAUUUAAUGCCUUCAAAACUGUCAUGGAAAUUGAUGCCCAUGGUACAUUUAACGUCAGCAAAGUCAUCUAUGAGAAAUACAUGAAGGACCAUGGUGGAGUUAUUGUCAACAUCACAGCUACACUACAGACACGUGGACAGGUACUCCAGGCUCAUGCUGGGUCCGCUAAGGCUGCAAUAGAGGCUAUGACUAAACAUAUGGCAGUAGAAUGGGGUAUGGAUGGAGUGAGAGUGAUGUGUGUAGCACCUGGACCAAUAGAAGACACCGAAGGCAUGAGGCGACUGAGCCGUGGCAGAAUUAAUGAUGAGUAUGUGAAGGGUAUACCAAUACAGAGGAUGGGAACAAGGGAAGAAAUGGGUAACACUGUCCUGUAUGUGGUCAGUGACGCAGCUCAACUGGUCACUGGCACAGUCCUCAUAGCUGAUGGUGGACACUGGCUUUCGAACCCCAAUAACUACUAUCAAACGAAGAAACUCAUGCAGAAGAAAUCUCAACUAUAAGAUCCAUCUGUGUGGCUACUCAAAAAUUGUGCAAAAAGUGACUUGUUUUCUUGUAUGAACAAGGUUCUAGUCAAUGCAAUACAUUUGUUGCAGAUAAUCUGGAGAAAAUUUCUUUAAAAUUUAGAAUAUCAUUUAAAAGAACUUUGAGCAAUUGGCACUGUCCACAACAGAAACACAAAAGGAUCUAGUGUGGGAAUUCAACUUACUCUCUCCUCUGCACUUUUUCUUUCAUUUUUCUUUCAUAGUCAUUAUGUAAGAACUUCCAAUAUUUUCUUGCCAAUCGAAGAAAAUCAUUAAUUCUUGAUCAUGUGUACCCUAGACCAAUUUAAGACACUCUAUAUAUGCAGAAUGGUGCUAUACUACUACUAAUAAUAAAUAAAUCACUAGACUUACAUUGGGUUUGAAAAGUAGGAGUAUAGGCAGGUAUUAAACAGAAAUUUCUAUGUAGUUGUUAAUGUGACAUUAAAUUUGUAAUGAAUUUCAAAUUAUUUUGAAAAAAAAGGCCUUGGAUGAAAACCUGAAAUCGACAGUUUUGAACUUUGGGCAAUCCAAGAAACUCCGAAAAUUCUUUAAAAAAUGAAUCAAUAUGUUUUGAUUGACAACCCGGUGAUAUUUAUGUGUGGGAAUGUCUCAUUUUUGAUACCUUUUGAAAUCAGAAAAUAUAAAGUAUGCAAAAAUUAAAUAUAUGGUUAAUUGAUAAUAAUGACAGAAAAAUCAUUUUUGUUAUGAUGAUGAUAAUACGUGAUAAACAGACUGUGAUAAU